CUAUUCCAAAGACCCAAUGCCCUUGCUGUCCAGCAGUUGACAGCUGCUCAACAGCAGCAGUAUGCACUUGCAGCAGCCCACCAGCCUCACAUCGGUUUAGCUCCCGCUGCGUUUGUCCCCAACCCAUACAUCAUCAGCGCUGCUCCCCCGGGGACGGACCCCUACACAGCUGGAUUGGCUGCAGCAGCGACACUCGGCCCAGCUGUGGUCCCUCACCAAUAUUAUGGAGUCACUCCAUGGGGCGUCUACCCUGCCAGUCUUUUCCAGCAGCAAGCUGCUGCAGCUGCAGCAGCAACAAAUUCUGCUACUCAACAGAGCGCUCCACAGGCCCAGCAAGGACAGCAACAGGUUCUUCGUGGAGGGGCUAGCCAGCGUCCUUUAACCCCAAAUCAGAACCAGCAGGGACAGCAAACAGAUCCCCUUGUAGCAGCUGCAGCAGUGAAUUCUGCUCUUGCCUUUGGACAAGGUCUGGCUGCAGGUAUGCCAGGUUAUCCAGUCUUGGCUCCUGCUGCUUACUAUGACCAAACUGGUGCCCUCGUGGUGAAUGCAGGGGCGAGAAAUGGCCUUGGAGCUCCUGUUAGGCUUGUUGCUCCGGCUCCCGUCAUCAUUAGCUCCUCAGCUGCACAAGCAGCUGUUGCAGCAGCUGCAGCUUCUGCAAAUGGAGCAGCCGGUGGUCUUGCUGGAACCACAAACGGACCAUUUCGACCUUUAGGCACCCAGCAGCCCCAGCCCCAGCCUCAGCAGCCUAGCAACAACCUGGCUUCCAGCUCCUUCUAUGGCAACAACUCUAUGAGCAGCAACUCCCAGAGCAGCUCCCUCUUCUCUCAGGGCUCUGCCCAGCCUGCCAACACGUCCUUGGGAUUCGGAAGCAGCAGUUCUCUUGGUGCCACCCUGGGAUCGGCCCUUGGAGGGUUUGGAACAGCAGUUGCAAACUCCAACACUGGCAGUGGCUCCCGCCGUGACUCCCUGACUGGCAGCAGUGACCUUUAUAAGAGGACAUCGAGCAGCUUGACCCCCAUUGGACACAGUUUUUAUAACGGCCUUAGCUUUUCCUCUUCUCCUGGACCCGUGGGCAUGCCUCUCCCUAGUCAGGGACCAGGACAUUCACAGACACCACCUCCUUCCCUCUCUUCACAUGGAUCCUCUUCAAGCUUAAACCUGGGAGGACUCACAAAUGGCAGUGGAAGAUACAUCUCUGCUGCUCCUGGUGCCGAAGCCAAGUACCGCAGUGCAAGCAGUGCCUCCAGCCUCUUCAGCCCCAGCAGCACUCUGUUUUCUUCCUCUCGGCUGAGAUAUGGGAUGUCUGAUGUCAUGCCCUCUGGCAGGAGCAGACUUUUGGAAGAUUUUCGAAAUAAUCGGUACCCUAAUUUACAACUACGGGAGAUUGCUGGCCAUAUAAUGGAAUUUUCCCAAGACCAGCAUGGGUCUAGAUUCAUUCAGCUGAAACUAGAGCGUGCCACAGCAGCUGAGCGCCAGCUUGUCUUCAAUGAAAUCCUCCAGGCUGCGUACCAACUUAUGGUGGAUGUGUUUGGAAAUUACGUCAUUCAGAAGUUCUUUGAAUUUGGCAGUCAUGAACAGAAGCUAGCUUUGGCUGAGCGCAUUCGAGGCCACGUCUUAUCAUUGGCGCUGCAGAUGUAUGGCUGCCGAGUUAUCCAGAAAGCCUUGGAGUUUAUUCCCUCAGACCAGCAGAAUGAGAUGGUACGGGAGCUAGAUGGCCAUGUCCUGAAGUGUGUGAAAGACCAGAAUGGCAACCAUGUGGUUCAGAAGUGCAUUGAAUGUGUACAGCCCCAGUCUUUACAGUUUAUCAUUGAUGCAUUCAAAGGGCAGGUAUUUGCUUUGUCUACUCACCCUUAUGGCUGCAGGGUGAUUCAGAGGAUCCUAGAGCACUGUCUCCCUGACCAGACUCUCCCUAUCCUUGAGGAGCUUCACCAGCACACGGAACAGCUUGUGCAGGAUCAGUAUGGAAAUUAUGUAAUCCAACAUGUACUGGAGCAUGGUCGUCCUGAGGAUAAAAGCAAAAUUGUAGCAGAGAUCCGAGGCAAUGUACUUGUAUUGAGUCAGCACAAAUUUGCAAGCAAUGUUGUGGAGAAGUGUGUUACUCAUGCCUCACGUACAGAGCGUGCUGUACUCAUCGAUGAGGUGUGCACCAUGAAUGACGGUCCCCACAGUGCCUUAUACACCAUGAUGAAGGAUCAGUAUGCCAACUAUGUGGUCCAGAAGAUGAUCGAUGUGGCCGAGCCAGGUCAGCGGAAGAUUGUCAUGCACCACAAG